AUGGGCGCAACUCAGUACUAUCGCUCCCAAAUAGGCGAGGACUCUGUCAUCGACUACUCUCACACCGACCCUCCUUUCAAGCUUCUCGCCAAAGACAUAUACUACUUCUUCAUAUACGUAUGGGCUCUACCUUGGGUCGUAUGGCCCAUAUAUCCUGUGGCUACCAAAGGCUUUGAUGAACUGUACCCUUCAUCUCAGAACAUUUUCUGUAUCGUUGUACACUUGGUCCUGAUUAUUCUGCAACUCGGAUUCAUUCUCGCUUUACCAUUCGCUAUCAUAUUACCAGUAUGGUUGGCUGGAACGGGUAUUGCUGGCUUCAUGACCUUGAACUGGUUGCUCUGCAAGCUGCUCAACGGAAAGCAGGAAGCCUAUACUUCGGAAGAAAAGUAUGCCAAGGAGCUGCCUGAACACGCUCACGAACAGUGGGUUUUCUUGAACGGCGUUGCUGUUGGACAACAUUGGAUGCAGUCAAACUUGAACCGACUAGCAUUGACUUUUGGACGACCCAUUCUAGGCAUUCAUAACCAAACUUCAGGCAUAAUAUUCGACGUGGUGGAAUGCUUGAUCCAGAGGAACUUUGGCUAUGCAACCGGAGAUGUCAGGAUUUGCUUUAGACUCCUUAAAGACAUCCUGUACGACGAAAGCAAAUCUAAAGUGGUGUUUAUCCUACACUCCCAAGGAGGAAUCGAGGGUGGGCUCGUUCUCGACUGGCUACUCCAGGAACUACCUCAGGAUCUCAUGGCCAAACUGGAGGUCUACACCUUUGGAAACGCAGCCAAUCACUUCAACAACCCCCACCGCCAUAGAUCUUCACAGACUCUGUCUCGCCUCAACCCUCUGUCUGCGAUGAGCACAAUUCUGACAGAAUCCAGUUUCGACUCCCCUUCCGGUAGCCCCAUAGACACUAAGGUUGAUGUGAACAUCAAGACCCGCAACCCUGUGAGAAAGGAAUCUUCCGGCGUGUCGACACGAUCUAUUUCCGCGGCCAAAGAUAGGUGCAUCAAGCAUGUCGAGCAUUACGCGAACAGCACAGACUUUGUCGCCAUCUGGGGUAUCCUUCACUUCGCCACCAACAAGAUGGAAUCGCGAGAACUACCGCGCUUCCAGGGGAGACUAUUUGCGCGAGCAGAUGGUCGUCACGGAGGACAUCAAAUGAAUCAGCACUACCUUAACGCCAUGUUCCCGCUGAAGCAAGAUGCAGAAACUGGGGAGUAUACCGGUGCUGACGAAGACAACGAGUUCAUGGAAGAAGUCAUCAAAGCAGGUGAAGAAGGCAGCGCAUCGGCAAGUGCAAGAGAGGCAUUCGAGAUAUCAUGGGCUGGAACACAGGGAUUCGGUUCCGGCGAUGCCGCCGCUGCUAUUGAAGUCCACGGUAUCUCUAAGAAACUUCAAGAGGCGAGUGAUGACCAGAAUAUCAGGGUAAAGGACGUGAGUCGCCUAUGGAGCUACAGAAAUGGAAGAAGCCCUGUGGAGAUCCCACCGAUGUUGAUCAAUGAGAACGGUGUUCCUAGGACUGCGACUCUAUAA